AUGCUGAGUAUAAUCGACUGGCUUCCGCCAGAAGGCUUCAUCAACUUCGUAUUUGCCAACUACCCAUUGCUGGUAUUCUACGGUCAGGCACCCGGGCUCUCACAGCCACGAAUUACGUACAUCACAACACAGACGCAGCUGCCCGCUAUGUUUCCUCUACUGCAGAUGCCAGCGGAGAUCAAUCUGCAGAUAAUGUCGCAUCUCAGUCCUUUCGAUACCAUGGUGUUUGUCUUGUCAAACUACCAAGUCUUAGCAAGACAAGGCAUCGCGCCGUCCUUGACGUCUGAGACCGUCUCGCAGCUGAGGAAUGCACUCCGCUCACGACGAAAUACACCACCUGACAGAGAUGGCCGAGGUCAUGCCCAAGAGUGGGCGCUCACAAGGCCUCAUGCAGCCAACAUGCCAAUAUCAAAUGCGGGCUUAACGACGUAA